AUGGUCGACGACAGAGGCACCAAACUCCUCGCCGUAACCUGGACUCUAUGUGUUGCAAGCGCCACGCUCCUUUCUCUGCGUAUCUAUUGCAAGUUAUGGCGUGGUCGAGGUUUAUGGUGGGAUGACCACCUGUUGAUUAUAUCCAUGGUGUCACUGGUGAUAUCCAUUUCGAUUAAUUCUUACAUCGUUUCUCUCGGAUUUGGUCGUCACAUCGAUACGAUCAGCAGCGACAACAUUAAACUCAUCAAUCUUAACACGAUACUGGUCGCGACAUUCGGAAUCAUUGCGACGACGACGAGCAAAAGUUCAUUCGCUCUAACACUGUAUCGGAUCGUCACGAAUCAAUGGAUGAAAUAUCUCCUCAUCUUCAUUAUCAUUUCCAUCAACAUUUCGAUGAACUUGGUGUGGAUAUUUGGCUUUGCCAAAUGCACCCCCUUGCGGCGAGUGUGGGACAGCAGUGUGCCUGGCAGCUGUUGGGACAAGAAGAAGCUUGUCAAGUUCCAAUUAUUUGCUGCUUAUUACUCCGCGAUCCUCGACUUCGUUCUGGCAAUUCUUCCCUGGCCGAUUCUCAUGGGCGCAACGAUGCUGCGGCGCGAAAGGCUUGGUGUCGCCGUAGCAAUGAGCCUAGGUGCCAUUGCCGGAAUUUGCGGCAUCGUGAAGGCGGUUCUGGUGGUCCAUAUGACCAGCCCAGACAUCACGUAUGAACGCGUCGACUUGACGAUCUGGACUUUGACGGAACCCGCCGCAUCGAUCAUGGCAGUAUCUAUCCCAGUCUUGAGAAUGUUAUACCGAGAGCUUCGAUCGACUCAACGAAGUUAUGCCCAAAAUAAGUCACAGUCGCGCGCACUCGAUACUGGAACGAGGAAAGAGGUCAGGUCGACAAAGAGAUAUGGUCCGGGCUCACAAUACGGCCGCAACUCUGUUGUUGUUAUGUCUACCGGAGGAUGGCAGGAAUCACAGGAAGCCCUACAGGAUGCCGAGGGCGGCCAAGCAUCGCCGCUCCCGGGCAUGAACGGCAUCAUCAAGACUGAAGAAGUGAGAGUCAGGCACGAGAGGUUGACAGGACUCAGCGAGGGUGAAAGCUCAAUAGAGCUCGAUUCGCUCAAGGACGUUCACAGAUCAUGA